CCGUUGCAUUUGCCUUCUCCACAGUUCAUUUUCGCAAACCCUAAGCAGUUCUAUUUCUUUCCAAACUCAAUCGAAAUUUCCAUUUCAAUUCCAAUUUUGCCAAUUAAGCUUUGAAUCCCAAAUUUAAAACCAUCUUUGUUUUUUUUUUUUUCUUCAUUGUGUUUACAAUUCAAAUAAAAUCCUUUUGAUCCCACCAAGAAUAACCCAUAUCCUUUUUUAUCUUUUCUCGACUUCAUAGUGAUUUUACGAGAUUAGAAAAAGUAAAAGAACCUGUAAUGGCAUCUAAAACUGUUGCUAAAGAUAUCAUCACUCUACGUGGUUCUGCAGCAAUUGUCAGCGAGUUCUUCGGUUAUGCAGCAAACAGUAUUCUAUACAAUCGUGGGGUUUAUCCAGAAGAAAGUUUUGCGAAGGUGAAGAAAUAUGGGUUACCAAUGUUGCUCACACAAGAUGAAGGUGUUAAAUCCUUUAUUGCCAACCUAAACGCUCAGUUAUCAGAGUGGUUAGAAGCUGGAAAGUUACAAAGGGUUGUUCUUGUGAUAAUGAGCAAGGCCACCAAUGAGGUCCUAGAGAGAUGGAACUUCAGCAUUGAGACUGAUAGUGAGGUCGUCCAGAAGGGGGUGUCGAGGGAAAAGAGUGACAAAGAAAUAAUGAGGGAGAUACAGGCAAUCAUGCGCCAGAUAGCUUCUAGUAUUACUUACUUGCCAUGCCUUGACGAAGCUUGUGUUUUUGAUGUGUUAGCAUAUACGGAUAAAGAUGUUGCAGUCCCUUUCACUUGGAUUGAGAGUGAUCCGAAAUUGAUAGCCAAUCCACAGAUGGUGAAAUUGCAUUCUUUUGAUACCAAGAUACACAAGGUUGACACUCUGGUUUCAUACAAGAAUGAUGAAUGGGAUGAGCAGUAGAGAGAUGAGAUUACCUUAACUUUUUGGUGGCAUGUUUGGGCUUUUCCCUUUUGAAUGGUUACUGUGAAUCUUUUAUUCACAUUUUGUGUAAAAAUUGAUGUUUCGAGUUGUUUGCUUUGCCCCCCUGUUUUACUUGUAUUUGGAGAACACCAAGCAUUCAAUAUCAAUUUACCCCGAGUUUCUUUGGUA